CACCAUAUAUUUUCCUCCUCGCGUUUUUCCAAAAUUCAUAACCAUAUCAAUCUGUAGGGUGGUGAAUGUGGUGUUUCACUUUGAUCGACCCAUUUAUUAUUCAAGAAAAACAGUUAGUCAUAUUUAAUUAGAAAAUAGGGACAGUCUGUUGACGUUUGGAAUUUUGAGCGUGCAAAGGCAGCCAGCACCAAACUUUAGUUUGUCUUUUUCCUCUUUGAUUAAAAAAGACACAGGGCCUACAGUAAAAAUGACACUUAAUGCCUUACACUCUAUAGGCUGGUUGUAGUUGUAAAUAAGUUAAUUUGAAAUUGUUAUCAGUGUUGUCAUUGGCGUACGCAUUAGGCGUAUUUACGCAUUAGAAGAAUUAGGCUAUUAAAAUAUGUUAAAUGCAUUUUAGAGAGUCUCGAAACAAAACAAGUAAAAGAGAGAAACACACGUCCUUUUCCAUUUAUUUCAAAAGAUGAUAUUUUGAAAUAUUGCUGAGAAUGACAGUGAAGUGGCGGUUUAGGCAAUCCAUCCUCGAGUAAAUAACGCUCCACGGCAUCAUGUGAGGCUAUUCUCGCUCAAUAUUGUGCGGUAGUUUUCUUAAACGCAUGUCAUGCCCUUUUAAAGACGUAGAGUUGAAUCUAACUAUGAAUUCUUUUUGCUCGCACUGGCACCUGUCCACACUACUCGUUUGUCGUCAGCUGUGAACGUUGUAUCGCGCUGUCUACCCAAACUGCUUGUUCGAGUGGUCUUAACGCUCAAUUUACUAAUUUCCUCCCCAUCGCUUUAUCGUCACAUGUGCGCCUACCUCUUUUUGGCUGCGGACUGGCUGUUAAAGAAGUCAAUCAGAAAAAAGCACGGCUGGUGUUUUGGUUUUUCAGAACUGAAGCUCUGAAAACUCAUAAAAAAUUGCGGCCGAAACAAGAAAGGAUGCGGUCGGUAAAUGCGCACGUUCCAACCUUCCUGACGCAGACGUCGAUGCUCACCGCUCAUUCCAAAUCUAAUCUCUUCUAUCAUCCAUUCCAACGUUUAUCAAGGUAGGAGAAAAGACUGUCUGUUUCCUUCUAAAUUGUGGACAUGCACACCGGGAAAUCGGAGCUCCAGAUGCAGAAGACAUCUGCGCUCUUUGGGAUGGUCAGUCAUCACCAAGCCCCAACGUUCAGCGACUUCGCGGGGCUGACUAUCUCCAUGUUCAACAGCAAAUCCGAGAUCCCAUCCAAGCGCCUCGGGAGUGACGACUGUGUUUCCCAGCCAUGCCGAAGUCCGGAUCAGAGCGCAGAGCACGGCCACGGUACGAGCAGUGCCAUGCGACUGGCAGUCCCGUCAGAGCGCUUUGGAGCUCAGGAGAAACCUCAAGCGCAUCUGGCGACCAAAGGACAGACGGCGUACUUUUCCCUCUCCACCGCACAAGUGAAUGGAGGAUGCGGCGCAGUUGUCGGUGGCUCGUUUUGCCCAGAGAAGGCCAAUGGCCUGGACCUCCCCGGUGACGAUGACAGCUUACUGAGGUGCGGGCAGAGCCACGCCAUGGGGAACAACAGUGGCAGUGGCAGCAGUGGUGGCGGCCCACAGGCUGGGCAGUACCAACACAGUGCCCACUGCAACCCACCCACACAGACUCUCCUCUCUCAGGAGGCACAGCACUCGGCUGACGGCAGGUCUAGCGGCUUUCAGCACGGUCUCGCCUCGCCCGUCUCCUCGCUGGACUCUGGAGGUGGCAUCGGCGCAGGAGGAGGAGGCUUGAACAAGGUGGGCCCUCUCCCGCUCUCCUACGCCAUCAAAGAGGAGGCACCGCUGGGAUACAACAACAACAGCAACAACAACAAGGUUGUGUCGGGUAUGGGUCUCUCGUUUGGCGGUGUCGGGCGAGCCGGGAUGGGGACGGGGAUGGGGAUGGGGACCGGGGUGGGUCUAGGACGGUGUGCCCCCCACCAUUCUGCCGACAUGGAGCAGCCCCUGCACGGCGGGACACAUGCGGGGGCGUCGGCGAAUGUGUCGUCAGCGUCGACUGCAGCGGCGGCGGCGGCGGCGGUGACGGCAUCCUCCUACCCGUUUAAUAAUGAAGAUGACUCCGCCUCCCCGCUGGCGUUGUCCCUGGGCGGUGCGCGUCAGUCGGCAACGCGCCUGCUCCACGCCGCAAGCAGCAGCCUGAAGAGACGUUGCCGCUCCUCCCUGGCCUCCCAGUCAUUGUCCUCCGCCGUCGCUGCCGCCGCCGCCACCGGGACUGCCGCCGCUAGCGAGGGCAUCGAUAUCACCGCCAUCAUCUGCUCCUCGCAGAUGUCCGUGGUGGCCGCCUGCGCUGUCAACGGCUUUCGCUCCUCAUCCGUCAACCACUCGCCCCCCAUCUCCACCUCCUCCCCGUCAACCUCCUCCUCUUCCUCGUUCACCUCCUCCUCCUCCUCUCUCCUGACGCUCUCGGGCUUCCGCUCGGCUCCCCUGAAGCACCAGCUGCCUCCUCCUCCUCUUCCUCCUCCGUCAGCGUGCCAUCCUCUGCCUCCUCCCGCCUCCUCCUCCAGCCCCCGACCCCUGCAGGAGAGCUGCCAGCUGCCCUCGCCUGCCAACUGCCUGUUGGCUCUAUCAAACGCCUCUUCCUUGUCGUCCGCAUCCUCCUCGUCCUCGUCGUCAGCGUCGUCUUCCUCUUCGGCGUCGUCGGUGGAGCCGGAGCCCAUGCAGCAGGGAGGUGGCGGUGGAGGAGGUGGGGGUGGGGGAGGUGGUAGUGGGGUGUCGGUGGAGGGUCUGGGUCUGCUGAUGGGAGUUGGGAGUGGGUGUGUGUGUGGAGGUGGGGGUGGGGGUGGAGGGGGUCUCCACCAGGGUGUAGGAGUAGGAGUAGCAGGGGGUGGUGUAGGGGAGGCCGGGUCUCUCCUGGAGGGUUGCCACAGAGCGGGCGGUGUCCUCGGCCCCGGUGGUGGAAGCCUCGGAGCGCUGAAACAGGAGCCGCUGGACGACUUCUCUCCCGGCGGCAACACCGAUGACGAGCUCUUUCACCACCAGCAGCAGCAGCAGCACCAUUACCUCCACCACCAUCACCACCACAACCACCACCACCAUCAGCUGUCCUCCUCCUCCACCUCCCGAGGCCACCACCACCCCCAGCAGAACCCCCGGCACCCCCACCAUCACCACCACCACCACCCUCAUCAUCACUCCCACGGAGCCCCCUCACGGCAGGCCAUGCCCCCUCCCUACCACCUGCACCAGUACGCCGGGACUAGCCCAGGGACUCUGCUCCACCUCCAGGCCCAGACGACGACAUCCGUCAGCUCGGCCCUGGGGCCCAGCACCACCACCCCCAACAACAAGCCUCUUCCAGGGCUCGGGGGCCUGGCGUCAAGCUCCGGCAGCACCAACGGCGCUGGUACCGUCGGCGGCGGUGGUGGAGGCGAACGGGAGGACGCGGGCUCGGUGUUCGGGGACAAGCAGCUGUGCCGCUGGAUCGACUGCAGCGCCGCCUACGAGCAGCAGGAGGAGCUGGUGAGGCACAUCGAGAAGGUGCACAUCGACCAGCGCAAGGGUGAGGACUUCACCUGCUUCUGGGCCGGCUGCAUCCGCCGCUACAAGCCCUUCAACGCGCGCUACAAGCUCCUCAUACACAUGCGCGUGCACUCGGGGGAGAAGCCCAACAAGUGCAUGUUUGAGGGCUGCAAUAAGGCCUUCUCCCGGCUGGAGAACCUGAAGAUCCACUUGCGGAGCCACACGGGAGAGAAGCCGUACCUGUGCCAGCACCCCGGCUGCCAGAAAGCUUUCAGCAACUCCAGCGACCGCGCCAAGCAUCAGCGCACACACCUGGACACUAAACCAUACGCAUGCCAGAUUCCUGGGUGCACCAAGCGCUACACGGACCCCAGCUCCCUCCGCAAGCACGUCAAGAUCCACUCCGCUAAAGAACAACAGGUGCGUAGGAAGAUGAGGCCGUGUCCGCACCUGGACUCUGACGUCCUGUCCGACUGCCUGUCCGUCCAGCACCUGCACGGCUCUGCCCCCACUCAGCACCUCCUCUGUCCCCCCGGCACCCAGCACAUCUCCCUCAACGGCAAAGAUGGACGCUCCCCUGGCCUGGCACAGGACAUCUUCACAGGGCUGUUCACUGGCUCCAGCACCCCGCAUCAUGGAGCCACGGUGGAGAUGCUCUCCCCCGGCACCGGCCCCGAUCUGCCCCAGCGCCAGCAGCCCGGUCCCCGCAUGGACCGCGACGUCAGCAGCCCGCAUCCCCAUCCCCACCCCCAUCACCUCUCCCCUCUGUCCGGCAUGGAGAGCACCAGGGAGGGCAUGCCAGGACCACUGCUGUCUCCGGGCCUGGGCUCCAUGAAGAGUACAGCCUCCCCCCCUCCGUCUCUGGAGAAGCAGACACUCAACUCUAUAGGAAGCCAGCAGCAGCAGCAGCAGCAGCAGCAGCAGCACAGUCACACACACCACAAGCCAUACACCAACUUCCACAGCCUGCCAUUCAGUGAAGACUACAGAGGCAACUUUCAGAGCUGUUUCCAUUUCGGAGACAAUUACAGAAUGGACCAAUCCAUCAGCGGGGUUCACCUGGCAGGAGACGCUCACGGCUUCAACUCGCACCAGCACAACGGGUUUCACAUGACAGGCUCAGCCGGCUCCUCCUCCACAGGGUUCAGCCUGGUGCCCGAUAUCCAGAGCUCGGGGUGCCAGUUCUCCCCCGGCCCCGAGGACAGCGUCUUCUUCCAGGUGGGCGGCUUUGACCGCGGCCUCGGCCAGAUGUCCUCGGUGUACACGGAGACGUGAACGUCCAACAAGAGAAAGAAAAGAUGAAGAAAGAAAGAAUACAGCUGGACUCACCAUCCACACUGGCACCAGCUGGGCUUAUCUAACCUGUGCAAUCAGCAGCACCUCUCUCUUCCCACUCUUCCCUUUUUAAAAAAAGUUCUCUACCAGUCUGUGGAAAAGGUUUACAACCAAGCACAAAACACUCACCUCAUACACGAGAGGUAUUUUUAAAAUGAGCCUGUUUUACGGUAGCAAAAGCAGAAAGACUGCUCAAUUGGACAGGUACUGGACUGCAGUUGUCAGUUGAGUCAGCAGGAUGCUUUAAAUGGCUUUCAUUUUGUACUGCGGCUACUACAUCCACACGUCUUGACAUAGGACCCACCCUCUGUCAUCUGCUUUGGGAUAGCUGCAUCUAAAAGCUAUGGAAUUCAGAAUUGUAGCAUCAACUGGGAAACAACUUGGACCACCUGUUUUGUAAUUAUUUACACAUGAUGCUGGCCCCUGUGUUUUAAAGUGUUUUCAUUUUUCUUGUCUCCCUCUGCCCUCAUCCAGUUAUUUGGCUGACGUGUGGAGAAAUAUUUAGAUUUGCCGUGUUUGUCCGUGGAAUCACGCUUUUUUGUUGCUUUUGGGUUUGCUUUGAUAUCAGAGGGUUCAGGACAAAUGGGUGACUUGCAACUUGCAUCGAACAGGAAAUUUGUUCAAGACUGUCCUCUGGUUGUUUUAAGUCUGACAUUCUUAGGCAUCUGAGCAAUCCAUAUCGUCUUUGGCUCUCGCUCAGUUGACUUUGGCAGAGCCUGCUGUAUGAAGGCUCUGGAAUUUUCUUCCAGUUUUCACUUUCAAGGCACGAUUGUAGCAUCUCAUUGCGCAUCGCAGGGGGGUAUUUUAAAGCUUUUAAAUAACUUUUUCUUUCCAGACUUAAACAAGAGAGGACAGUUUUCUUCAACCAUAUCAUCAACUGUAUAAAGUGUACAGUUUGUUUUAAAGUGUUUUCUAUUGUAUUUUUUCCUCUUCACAAAGUUUAAGAAAAUAAAUGACUUCUCAUUUCAUUCAUCUCCGUUGCCCGUUACCACAGGAAAUGUAGACGUGCACUUCUGAUGUGUUUCAUGGACAUGUUGACUACAAACUAAGAUAUACUUCAAGUACUAAUCACAAACCAGGGACCAACUAAGUGUUGGUAAUUUACUCUCAUGGUAAUUGAGCCUAUAGUGAAAUCCCACUCAACUGUGUCUAUGUUCAGCAUGUGUGAGACUGCAGGAGAGGGGUGCAUUCCAUACUUAAGUCACACUCUGACCUCUAGUGGAGUAAUGUUGCAAUAGCACAUUGAAGGGAAACGACCAAUAGAUCCAGAGGUAUGCCAGUGAAUAUUUUAUAUUUUUGUAACCAAUUGGCCUUUUUCACUGUGAAAGACAAGUUUAUUUUUUGAAGCAAAGCAGGACAAAUUUCGUUUCCAUAUAAAACAGUGGAAUGUAAGAUUACAUCUAUGCCACCUUUCCUAUUUUAAUGCAUUGAAUUGAAGGUGUCUAACAUUAUGGGAAAAGGCUA